AUGAUGAUGUCCCAGUAUGCCGCGGAGCUCUGCGCGCUCCUUAUCGAGGAUCAAUUCGGAGAUCUUUUCGCGCGCAUCUUCACCACUCUUCAGCGCUACGAGAGGCUUCCUCUUCCUCGAAUCAAGUUCUACUCCCGUCUUACCGAUCGUCAGCUCCAACAUGGCCUGGCGGCUAUGAUUCAACAUCACCUUGUCUUUCAUUUCACAUCACUUGAAGACGGCCACACCUACUAUGCCGCGAACCCACACGCGGCGUACUAUCUCGUGCGCUCUGGCAAGAUCCUCCAGUUGGUGGAGAGUAGGUUGGGUGAAUAUGCGGCUCGGGUGAUGGAAACGAUCAUGUACCUGGGACAUGCGCCGAUCAAGCACCUUGAAACACUGCCAGAACUACGAUAUCUCAAGACCGGGACUUCUGGCGGCGCCGAUACAACGGUCAAGAUGGAGGCAACACCAGCAGACGCUGAUCAAGAGCAAGUUCAGGAGGACGGAAAUGAGUUUGAACAAGAGCUCGACCAAAAGCCCGUUCCGGAGGAGGAGGAACAGCAAGAUGUCGCUUUUGAUGCCGAGGUUGCAGAGACGAAUGGCGCAAAUGGUGAUCAUGCCGCAGAUGUGGGCGACAAUCGACCUGCGCCUCUGAACUCCACGCUGAAAGCGCUUGCCUCACACGGCUACAUCUUGAGGGUCAAAGAUGCGCAUUUCCAAAGUCCAGAGGACAACUACAUCGAGGCGCACAAGGCCGCGGCCAACCGGUCCGACAUCAAAAUUCUCAAGGGAAAGCGGUUGACUGAGGAAUUGGCCAACAAGACCGAUGAAAUCAUGCGGGAACGCACGGAAGGAGAUCUGUCCGAGGCCUGGAUGGUCAACGGCCUACCGCGCGGAUUGAAGAGGAAGUCUGCAGGUGGACUUGGUGACUCUGAGGCAAGCAAUAAGCGGCACACUGGCGAGAACGGCAUCAACGGGGAUCAUGGAUAUGACGACGACGAGAACGACUGGUCCGAGGACGAGGAUGGAUUCGACAGUAGUCCAAUGGAGCCCGGCCUAGUCGUACGAGUCAACUACAACAAGUUCGACGUCGCAUUGCGAAAUGCGCGCUUCGUUGAGAUGGCAGAAGCCAAUGCGCCUCCAGUCACAGCAGAAAUCUACGAAACCUUCCUCCGCCGCGUGGAAUACUCGACGAAAAAAUGCCGCGAUGUCACCGACAUCCCCCGCGAAGGCGAAGAAGGCGAACAGUUCUCCAUCCCCAUCGAAACAUACAAAAUCGUGAGCGAUCUCGACCCCGACCUAGAACUCUCCAGCUGCAUGGGCCCGUCCAAACCACCGACAUCAUCAUCAUCAUCAUCAACGACAACAUCCAACACUCUCAACCGUCGCGGAAAACGGCCCCUGGAAAACGGACAUGGAAACGGCAUCAACGGCGACCACUACGAUGACAACGACGACGACAACGACCAAUUCAACGACAACGUAGACGGGGCCGACAACGAAGUCAGCCGCGCUUACCAAGUCAACCAACACCUCUCUCUCCUCGAACAAGCUCCCAACAACCUCGUCUCCCAAGUCAACCUCUCCGGCGUGGUCAAAUGGCGGAUUGGAUUCCGCGGACUCGCGCGAAAACUGCGCCAUCUCGAGAUCGAACGCCUCGUGGAAAUGCGCUACGGCGACGUCGCCCUCCGCGUCCUGCGCGUCCUGCACGCCAAGGGCAAACUCGACGAAAAACGUCUUCAGGAAAUCAGUCUCCUGCCGUUCAAAGAUCUUCGACAAACCCUCUCCAGCAUGCAAACAGGCGGGUUUGUCGAUCUGCAAGAAGUCCCCAAAGAUGCGCAGCGACAACCGUCCAAAACAAUCUUCCUGUGGUACUUUGAUCCAGAUCGCGUCAGCAGUACCCUACUGGAGGACACGUACAAGGCGAUGUCACGCACGUUGCAGCGAAUCAAAUUCGAGCGGGCCCAAAGGCGAGAUUUCCUGGAGAAGACGGAACGAAGUGAUAUCAAGGGCAACGAGGAGCGGUGGUUGAGCGAAGGGGAACUGGAACAAUUGCGGCGGUGGAGAGCGACGGAAGCAUUGUUGUUGGGGGUGGUUGCUCGUUUAGAUGAUAUGGUUGCUGUGUUUAGGGAUUUCUAA